AUGGCUUCCAACGAUCAGACCCCGCCGCAUCUGGCGACGAACACCUUGCGCAUGUACUAUGGCAUGGAUGAAAGCGUAAGUGUUACCUCGGCCUCCCGUUCACACGGUGCAGCCCGCCUGUUCGAUGGCUGGAAUUUGUGCGUUUGCUGUGAUGUGCGGCUGUUAACGAUAAUCCAGAUGAUGAAGGCUCAUCGUGCCCGUGACAACGACCACGCCGAAAGCACCGCCCGCAUUCUAAUCGCUAACGCGGAUCUUCCACUCCUCAUUCGAGCUCGCGCGUCGAUGGUGCUUGGCUGCAGCCAAGAGCUUGACUGUCUCGAGAUGGCAGAGGUGAGAAUAGCCACCGCAACAUCCUCUACGCCCUUCGACCCACUCGUCCCAUUCUUGUCUGAAUGCCCAUUCGUUCGCUAACCUUGUUUUUUGCUUGCUAGAUGGGAGUGAGUAUUGUCGAGGCAGGCAUUGCGGAGAUCGAAGCCGGCGGUGAACAAGCCGGUCCCGUUGAGGAGCGGUUGCUUCGAAACUGCAAGAAAGUCCGUGAGGGCGCUCGGGCCUAUCUCGAAGAGCUGAAGGAGCAAGAGGAAGAGGAAGAGGAGGAGGAAGAGCAGGAGGAAGACUUCGAAAUGGUGAACGAGGAUCAAGCCAUCCAGGAAGGUACUCCGAGCGGCACCCGACGUGAGCAGCGUUUUACUACGGAGGCUGAGAUGGAAGCUGCUCAGCGCCAGCCACGAAGAGCCGCCGAAUGA